AUUGUUCCUCUGCUGAAGCUGUUUCCGCCGCCAUUGCAGGUUUCCAGAGUUCGGGGUUGCGGCCACUGCUUUUUUUCAUUGAGGAAAACCAUAAAUUAAAAAUAAAGCAUAGGGCGGGUAGAGUAGAGUAGUUUAUCAUAUUCGUCUUUUUUUGUUUUUGUUUCUUUGUAAGAGAAAUAAAGCAUAUUAAUUCAAAGGAAACCCCCUCUUCAUUAAACAGCCCCUACAGCCAUUCUUGGACGCUAAGCAAGACCUUUCCGAAGCAGUGGGUUUUGGACCCGUUUGAAGAAGUCGCCGUAGGAACCAUCUGAGAGUAGAAGCAGUGGACGCCACGAUGGCCCAGAUACUUCCCAUCCGCUUCCAGGAGCACCUGCAGCUUCAAAACCUGGGAAUUAAUCCUGCGAACAUUGGAUUUAGCACCUUAACCAUGGAGUCUGAUAAAUUUAUCUGCAUCCGAGAGAAAGUGGGUGAACAGGCCCAAGUUGUCAUCAUUGAUUUGAAUGAUCCCAACAAUCCUAUUCGACGUCCAAUCUCUGCUGACAGCGCCAUCAUGAAUCCUGCCAGCAAAGUCAUUGCAUUGAAAGCUGCAAAAACACUUCAAAUUUUUAAUAUCGAAAUGAAGAGUAAGAUGAAAGCCCACACCAUGACUGAUGAUGUCACAUUCUGGAAGUGGAUCUCUCUUAAUACGGUAGCACUUGUAACUGACAAUGCAGUUUAUCACUGGAGCAUGGAAGGAGAUUCACAGCCAGUGAAAAUGUUUGACCGACAUUCUAGCCUUGCUGGCUGCCAGAUCAUCAAUUACCGCACUGAUGCUAAACAGAAGUGGCUGUUGCUUAUUGGCAUUUCUGCACAGCAAAAUCGAGUUGUUGGUGCAAUGCAGCUAUAUUCUGUUGAUCGUAAAGUUUCCCAGCCCAUUGAGGGUCAUGCUGCAGCCUUUGCUCAGUUUAAAAUGGAAGGCAAUUCUGAAGAGUCUACCCUCUUUUGCUUUGCUGUAAGAGGACAAGCUGGAGGAAAGUUGCACAUCAUUGAGGUUGGCACACCUCCUACAGGAAACCAGCCUUUUCCAAAGAAAGCUGUUGAUGUCUUUUUUCCACCAGAGGCUCAGAACGAUUUUCCUGUUGCAAUGCAGAUAAGCACCAAGCAAGAUGUUGUGUUUUUAAUUACCAAAUAUGGUUAUAUUCAUCUGUAUGACCUGGAAACUGGCACCUGUAUUUAUAUGAACAGAAUUAGUGGAGAGACCAUCUUUGUUACUGCUCCUCAUGAAGCCACUUCUGGAAUCAUUGGUGUGAACAGAAAGGGACAGGUCUUGUCUGUAUGUGUAGAAGAGGAGAAUAUUAUACCUUAUAUUACUAAUGUGCUGCAGAAUCCAGACCUUGCACUCCGCAUGGCUGUCCGAAACAACUUGGCUGGGGCUGAGGAACUAUUUGCCCGCAAGUUUAACAACCUCUUUGCCCAGGGAAACUAUUCUGAGGCAGCUAAAGUGGCAGCAAAUGCACCAAAGGGAAUACUUCGCACUCCUGAUACUAUUAGACGUUUCCAAAGUGUCCCUGCACAGCCUGGACAGACUUCACCUUUGCUUCAGUACUUUGGAAUCUUGCUUGAUCAGGGACAGCUAAAUAAAUUUGAGUCUCUAGAACUCUGCCGUCCAGUUCUUCAGCAGGGUCGAAAGCAGCUGCUGGAAAAAUGGCUGAAAGAAGACAAAUUGGAAUGCUCAGAAGAACUUGGUGAUCUUGUGAAAUCUGUAGACCCAACUCUUGCUCUUAGUGUCUAUCUCAGAGCAAAUGUUCCCAACAAAGUUAUCCAGUGCUUUGCUGAAACUGGACAGUUCCAAAAAAUUGUCCUUUAUGCAAAAAAGGUUGGAUAUACUCCUGACUGGAUUUUCUUGCUGCGUAAUGUUAUGAGGAUAAGUCCAGAGCAAGGCUUGCAAUUUUCCCAGAUGUUAGUGCAAGAUGAAGAACCUCUGGCAGACAUCACGCAGAUAGUUGAUGUUUUCAUGGAAUACAACCUGAUUCAGCAGUGCACUUCUUUCUUACUUGAUGCUUUAAAAAACAAUCGUCCAUCUGAAGGUCCACUUCAAACCCGCCUGUUAGAGAUGAACCUUAUGCAUGCUCCACAGGUAGCAGAUGCCAUUCUUGGUAAUCAGAUGUUCACCCAUUAUGACCGAGCCCACAUCGCUCAAUUGUGUGAAAAGGCUGGUUUGCUGCAAAGAGCACUGGAGCACUACACAGACCUCUAUGAUAUCAAACGAGCUGUUGUUCACACUCAUUUACUUAAUCCUGAGUGGCUGGUGAACUUCUUUGGGUCAUUAUCCGUUGAGGACUCUCUUGAGUGCUUAAGAGCUAUGCUGUCUGCUAAUAUUCGUCAGAAUCUUCAGAUCUGUGUACAAGUUGCAUCUAAAUACCACGAACAGCUGUCUACACAGUCUCUCAUUGAGCUGUUUGAAUCAUUUAAGAGUUUUGAAGGUCUGUUUUACUUCCUGGGCUCUAUUGUCAACUUUAGCCAGGAUCCAGAAGUUCACUUCAAAUACAUCCAGGCAGCCUGCAAGACUGGUCAAAUCAAAGAAGUUGAACGAAUUUGCAGAGAAAGCAAUUGCUAUGACCCUGAGAGAGUUAAGAAUUUCUUGAAGGAAGCUAAGCUAACUGAUCAACUUCCACUAAUUAUUGUGUGUGACAGAUUUGAUUUUGUUCACGAUUUGGUUCUGUACUUAUACCGAAACAACCUUCAGAAAUAUAUUGAAAUCUAUGUCCAGAAGGUAAAUCCCAGUCGCCUUCCAGUGGUCAUUGGUGGUUUACUUGAUGUGGAUUGCUCUGAGGAUGUAAUUAAAAACCUUAUUUUGGUUGUGAGGGGUCAGUUCUCCACAGAUGAACUUGUGGCAGAAGUUGAGAAGCGCAACAGAUUGAAGUUACUUCUACCAUGGCUUGAAGCGCGAAUUCAUGAAGGCUGUGAAGAACCUGCUACCCAUAAUGCUCUGGCAAAAAUCUACAUUGACAGCAACAACAAUCCUGAGCGCUUCUUGCGGGAGAACCCAUAUUAUGAUAGUCGUGUAGUUGGCAAAUACUGUGAGAAGCGUGAUCCUCACUUGGCAUGUGUGGCAUAUGAGCGUGGCCAGUGCGAUCUGGAGCUUAUAAAUGUAUGCAAUGAAAAUUCCCUUUUUAAGAGUCUGUCCCGUUAUCUUGUCCGCCGAAAGGAUCCUGAACUGUGGGCAAGUGUACUGCAAGAAAGCAAUCCUUACCGGAGGCCUCUAAUUGAUCAAGUUGUUCAGACUGCACUAUCAGAGACACAAGACCCGGAGGAGGUUUCUGUGACUGUUAAAGCUUUCAUGACAGCUGAUCUUCCUAAUGAACUUAUUGAGCUCCUUGAAAAAAUUGUUUUGGACAAUUCAGUGUUCAGUGAACACAGGAAUCUACAGAACCUUCUGAUUCUUACUGCCAUCAAAGCUGAUCGCACUCGUGUAAUGGAAUACAUAAACCGCCUGGACAAUUAUGAUGCCCCAGAUAUUGCAAACAUAGCCAUCAGCAAUGAGCUCUUUGAGGAAGCCUUUGCCAUUUUCCGCAAAUUUGAUGUGAACACGUCUGCAGUGCAGGUGCUUAUUGAACAUAUUGGAAAUCUGGACAGAGCUUAUGAGUUUGCAGAGCGGUGCAAUGAACCUGCAGUUUGGAGCCAGCUUGCCAAAGCCCAACUACAAAAGGGUCUGGUUAAAGAAGCCAUUGACUCCUACAUUAAAGCUGAUGACCCUUCAGCAUAUAUGGAAGUUGUUCAAGCAGCGAAUCAUAGUGGAAACUGGGAGGAUCUUGUCAAGUAUUUGCAAAUGGCUCGUAAAAAAGCCAGAGAAUCUUAUGUUGAAACAGAGUUAAUUUUUGCUUUGGCCAAGACCAACCGCUUAGCAGAGCUGGAGGAGUUUGUUAAUGGCCCCAACAACGCACACAUUCAACAAGUAGGUGAUCGCUGCUAUGAUGAGAAAAUGUAUGAUGCAGCCAAACUCCUCUACAACAACGUGUCCAACUUUGGGCGUUUGGCUUCUACAUUAGUUCACCUAGGUGAAUAUCAAGCUGCAGUUGAUGGUGCUCGAAAGGCAAAUAGCACUCGAACAUGGAAAGAGGUUUGCUUUGCUUGUGUGGAUGGGAAAGAAUUUCGCUUGGCACAGAUGUGUGGUUUGCACAUUGUUGUUCAUGCUGAUGAGCUGGAGGAACUGAUAAACUACUAUCAGGACCGUGGUUAUUUUGAAGAGCUGAUUACAAUGCUGGAAGCAGCUCUGGGUCUAGAACGUGCUCAUAUGGGAAUGUUCACAGAAUUAGCCAUUCUCUACUCAAAAUUCAAGCCCCAGAAAAUGAGGGAACACCUUGAGCUAUUCUGGUCCAGAGUCAAUAUACCAAAGGUGCUGAGAGCUGCCGAGCAGGCACACUUGUGGGGAGAACUAGUGUUCUUAUAUGACAAGUAUGAGGAGUAUGACAAUGCAAUUAUCACUAUGAUGAACCAUCCAACAGAUGCUUGGAAAGAAGGACAGUUUAAAGAUAUUAUCACCAAGGUGGCCAAUGUGGAGCUGUAUUACAAGGCAAUACAGUUUUAUUUGGAAUUCAAACCUCUCUUGUUAAACGACCUUCUGAUGGUACUCUCUCCACGACUUGACCACACUCGUGCUGUCAACUUCUUCACUAAGGUGAAACAACUUCCUUUGGUUAAGCCUUAUUUGCGCUCUGUCCAGAAUCACAACAACAAGGCAGUAAAUGAAGCACUCAAUAAUCUGUUCAUCACUGAGGAAGAUUAUCAGGCACUUCGCACAUCUAUAGAUGCCUAUGAUAAUUUUGACAACAUUUCUCUUGCUCAGCGUCUUGAAAAGCAUGAACUAAUUGAAUUCAGGCGAAUUGCAGCUUACCUCUUUAAAGGCAACAAUCGUUGGAAACAAAGUGUGGAGCUGUGCAAGAAGGAUAGACUGUACAAGGAUGCAAUGCAGUAUGCAUCAGAGUCUAAAGAUACAGAGCUUGCAGAAGAGCUUCUGCAGUGGUUUUUGCAAGAAGAAAAGAAGGAAUGUUUUGCUGCUUGCCUGUUUACUUGUUAUGAUCUGCUGAGACCUGAUGUCGUACUGGAAACUGCAUGGAGGCACAAUAUCAUGGACUUCUCUAUGCCAUACUUCAUCCAGGUCAUGAGAGAGUAUCUUAGUAAGGUUGAUGCAAUUAAGGAAAAGGUUGAUAAACUUGAUGCUUCUGAAUCACUGAGGAAGGAAGAAGAACAAGCAACAGAAACGCAACCCAUUGUAUAUGGCCAGGCACAACUUAUGCUUACUGCUGGACCUAGUGUUGCAGUUCCGCCCCAGCAAGCUUAUGGCUAUGGUUAUGCUGCACCGGCCUAUGCCCAGCCACCUGCUCAGCCUACUUUUGGUUAUGGCAUGUAAGGCACUCUGAAUAGGAAUUAUCCGUCAUUCUCUCCUUGAAAAUAUCUGCUAGCCCCAUUCUAUUAAAAACUGCGGGUGGGGGGGGGUUGGGUAGAAUGUAAAGCCCUUUGUGUAUUUUGGGAGGGAGGAAAUAUUCUUUGUAACCUGUUGUCAUGAAGGACUCUAGUUGAUUUACAUAAUUAAAAAUAAAUCACAAAGAUUUAAUUGUUUCACAUUCCAUAUUGCUAGAUUCUUGUUCUUUUUGGGUUUGUUUUAAUCCAAGGGGAACAGUAUAACUAUGGUAAAAGUGGGGCGUUUUAAGGGCAAGUUUCCUGGCAAAGAAAUAUCAAACAACAGUUUGUCAUGAAGCAUCUGAUUUGCACUCUUGUAGCGAGAUGAAACUAAUGUAGAAUCUCUUUAAUUUUUUGAUGUACGUGAGGCACUUGUAUUCUGUCAGUCUGUAAAAUGCAUUUAAUUAUUGUAUAUUCAGAUAAAAAGCUACUAUGUUCUUAAUGUUAGAACAUAUGGAUGCCGCUUCCAUGACUAUGAAACACUAAGUAAAUAACAGUAUAUUCUACACAAGAGGUGUAUUUCAAUACACUUUAUGUUAAAUGCAUACAGACAUUUAAUUAGAAAAAUAUAAUUUUAAUUCAACCUCAUCCUAUGCAGGUUCUCCAGUUCAAAUGUAUUUUGGUCCUUAACGUCAUUUUUUUGUUCACUCCACUUGUAACAGAUGACCUUAUGUUGUGCUGUAUACAGUGCUCUUGUGUGAAAUCAUUCCAUUGUUUGCUUUGUUUUGAGGCAGGGGGGAGAAAGGAAACAUUUUCAGACCUGUGUGUAUUUACUAAUCUUGUGCUGAGGUUUAUGUAUGCUGGUUAUUGUGGUGUUUUAGGUCACUGUUUUGAGUGUACAGGAGAAAGAAUUUAAAGAGUAAAAAUAUCCCCAAAUAAGGAAUUUGCUGUCCGGUCACUAUUGUUUGUGCAAUUUGACCUGGUAAAUCAGUUUAAGAAUAAAAAUACAGGACAUGGUCUAUAA